AUGGCAUCCCAAAACGGACAGCAGGAGGGUCACCUCCAAAAACGCUUCUCCAAAAUCACAAUGGUUGGCAUGUCUUUUGCCAUUUUAAACACAUGGAUUUCUUUAGCCGGUUCAAUUGGUCUUAUUAUGCCGUCCGGCGGAUCAGUCUCCUUCGUAUACGGGUUUUUAUUCUGCAUCGUGUGCUCUCUAUGUCUAGCUGCCAGUCUGGGUGAGCUGGCAUCUCGCUGGCCGACCGCCGGCGGACAGUACCAUUAUGCAUAUGCCUUGGCCUCCGAGAAGUGGAGGAACAGUAUGAUCAAUAUAGCAAGCUGGCUGACACUGAAUACGACUGCUGCAUACUUUGGAGCUCGUUUCCUGGCCGCCGCGGCUGUUGCUGGCUCUCACUAUACCUAUGAAAUCACCCAAUGGGGUACUUAUCUGAUGUUUGUUGCGGUAUCAAUCAUCGGUGUUCUUCUGAACCUCUUCGCAUAUCCAAUCCUGAACCGGUGGAACGAGGGUGCUUUGUACUGGUCUGUAAUUAGCGUUGUCGUGAUCAGUAUUGUGCUGCUCGCCACUUCGCCCAAGACGGAUGCAACAUUCGUUUUCACCAACUUCUCGAACACGACAGGAUGGAGCGAUGGAACAGCCUGGAUGCUUGGACUGCUCCAAUCCGCCCUCUCUUUCGUUGGCUUUGAUGCCGUUGCUCAUAUGACAGAGGAAAUGCCCCAUCCCACGAAGGAUGCUCCCCAGGCCAUGGUUGCUUCUAUCAUGGUUGGCGGUGUAACCGGUAUUUUCUUUAUCCUGGUUAUGUUAUUCUGCGCUGUCGAUAUCGAUGGGCUUCUCGCUUCAGCAACGCAGAGCCCCCUGACCGAAAUGAUCCAACAGGCAACAGGCAGCUAUGUAGCUUCAACAGUCUUAACCGUCGCCGUUGCUCUGUGCUUCGUAAAUGGUGCCAAUGGCUGUGUGACUUCUGGUAGUCGGCUUAUUUGGGCCAUGGCGCGAGACAACGGGACUCCCUUUUCUCGAUACCUUUCUCAUCUGCACCCAAAGCUUAAUGUCCCUGUGCGAGCCAUUCUCGUCCAAGCAGUUUUUAAUCUUCUUUUUGGUCUGAUCUACCUGGGUCCCGAGGUUGCAUUCAACGCGUACAUCUCAAGUUGCACGCUCUUCUUGAACCUGUCAUACGCAGCUCCUGUCAUUAUACUUCUGAUCAGGGGCCGAAAGAUAAUCAUGAACGAGCCCCCCGAGUUUUCUCUUGGCCGAAUCUGGGGGUAUAUACUAAAUUAUACCUCUGCCAUCUACGUGGUAGUCACCUCAGUUUUCUUCUGUUUCCCACCUGCAAUCCCGGUUGAUGCCGGUUCUAUGAACUACGUGGUUGCUGUUGUUGGGAUCUUCAUUAUCUUCGUCACCGGCCUCUGGGUUUUCAAGAGAAACGCAUACCAAGGGCCGAAUAUUGAGUUGAUUCUAGGAGAGGCACUGCCGGUGAUUCAUGCAGACAUGGCAGAUCCUCACUCCAAGACCUCUGAAGACACUCAUCAAAAGAGUUCGGACUAG